GGGCCACCGUGAGUGCCGGGGCCCUGGACGCCCGGCUCUGGGGGAGGGAGGAGGCCCCCGGCUUGGAGAAGGGGCCCGGGUCAUGGAGGUGAGGGCUGAGCGCUAGGCUCGCUCCCCAGAGCCUGGGCCCCGGCCGAGCUCCCCCCUGCCAUGCGCUGCUCCAAGUGUCUGCUCUGUGUCCUGGCCGGCCUCACCCUGCUGGCUCUCAAGGUUUACAUAGAGUGGAGCUCGGACCCGCUCCGGCCCAAGAGGCGCGGGGAGGGCCGGGGGCCGGAGACCCUGGGCCAGCCCAGCGCCUUCCCGCCGGAGCCCUCCCUUCCUGCCAACCUUUCUGCCCGCCUGAGACAGGCCGGACCCCUAGCCACCGCCUUCUGGAAUCGCCAACAGCGGCAGCUGCAGGCCCUGCCCACGGGGGCCGGCUCUGCGGCCGGGGAUUGCCGGGCCUGGGGGGAGGCGGCGGCGGCUGAGAUCCCCGACUUCUCAUCCUAUCCCGAGGCUCACCGGCGCUUCCUCCUCUCUGCUGGCUGCCGAGAUUACCCUCGGUGGAGGUCGGGCUCCACGGUCCCCGGUUGCUCGGACGCCAAUGCCCCCUACCUACUGCUGGCCGUGAAGUCGUCGGCUGGCCGCUUCGGGGAGCGCCAGGCCAUUCGAGAGACUUGGGGGGCUCCGAAAGAUGGGGUCCGCCUCCUCUUCCUCCUGGGCUCUCCUCAGGGAGAGCUGGGCCCCGACCUGGGGCCUCUGGUGGAGUGGGAGAGCCGGCGGUACCGGGAUCUGCUGCUCUGGGAUUUCCUGGACGUGCCCUUCAACCGCAGCCUCCUGGACGUGCUGCUCCUGCGCUGGCUGGCCCGCCACUGCCCGGAGGUGACCUUCAUCCUCCGCGCCCAGGACGACAGCUUCGUCAACCUCCGGGCCCUGCUCGGGGUGCUUCGGGGGCUGCCGCCCGCCGCCGGCCGCGCUCUCUACCUGGGCCACGUCUUCGACCAGGCCUUACCCAUCCGGACGCCCAAAGGGCCCUAUUACGUGCCGGAGUCCUUCUACACCGGCCCCUACCCGGCCUACGCCAGCGGGGGCGGCUACGUGUUUGCCGGGCGGCUGGUCCCCUGGCUGCUCCAGGCUGCCGGGCGGGUGGUCCCCUUCCCUAUAGACGACGUCUACACCGGCCUCUGCUUCCAAGCCCUGGGCCUGGCGCCCCAAAACCACCCGGGCUUCCUUACCAACUGGCCCACCAGAGGCAAGCAGGAUAACCCCUGCUCCCAGCAGCGCCUGCUGCUGGUCCAGCCCCGGGACCCCCAGGAGACCAUCCGGCUGUGGAAGCUCAUGCAAAACCCCCAUGCCCAUUGCUGAGGGCCCCCAAUCUGCAGGCUCUCCGUGGGUGGCCCGUCUGCUCCCCGGAUGUAUGCAGCUUCUAUUUAAAACAUUCCCAUUCCUUGAUCUAGGCCUCCUGAGUCAUU